AUGUCACUAACAAGUGAUGAAGAGAUUGACUCAUCUGAGUCAGAAGAUGAAGUAAGUAAGGUUGCUCAUAAUUUACGAGAUGAGCUCAUUAUGAGCGAAACAUCAUCAUCAAGUGACUAUUGGAGAAAGACUGCUUUUGUACUUUCAACAGCUGCUUUUGCUGGCACUUUGCCACCGCCGCCAAUGAAUGAAGAAUUAGAACCAAUUGAUUAUUUUUUUUCUAUGGUUGACAAAAAAUCAAUAGCAUUGUUAACUGAUCAAUCAAAUCUAUCUGUACUUCAAACCAAUCCAAGCAAGCCGCAACUAAAUCGUACUGAUCCAAAUUUUGAUCGCGCACAUAAAGUGCGUCCAUUAUUAAACAUUGUUAAAGAAAACUUCAUAAAAACUGAUAAAGAAGAAAAAUUAAGUGUGGGUGAACAAAUAAUACCUUUCAAAGGAAAAAGCAUAAUGAAGCAACAUAUGCCAAACAAACCGAAUCGAUGGGGGUACAAAAUGUUUCUUCUAGCUGGUGGCGAAAGUGGCAUAUGCUAUGACUUCAUUCUUUACGCAGGUAAGUCUGACAAACAGGAAUACGGUUUUUGUACUAAUAUUGUUCUUGAUUUAUGUGCAACUGUACCACGAGCCAUCAAUCAUAAAGUUUAUUGUGAUAAUUAUUUCACAACGAUUCGAUUACAAGUUGAACUGAAAAAAUUAGGCAUAUAUACUGUUGGAACGGUAAAACCUAACCGAUUAACUGAUUUAACAAUGAAAAAUAAGAAAGAAUUGUCAAGUGAAGAUCGAGGUGCAAUGGACCAUCGUAUCGCUGAAGUUGAUGGCGUAACACUAUGCGUGACUAGAUGGUAUGAUAACAAUGUUGUCAAUUGUCUGUCAACAUUGCAUGACUGUGAGCCACUCUAUCCUGCUGAACGAUGGUCUUCGCAACAAAAAAAAACGUAUACAAAUUGUAAGACCGAAUGUUAUAAAAACUUAUAA